AGGAAAAUUGUAACAGAACUAUUAGUGUGCUGGGUUCAAACAUUGCAUAAAAAACACCUGUUUUCUGAAGGGUAUCACCAGAGACCUUUAGAUUUCUUUGAAGCACAGGGUAGUUCUAAAUAAGAGUUGCAUUUGCAGAAAUAUCUAAAAUUUCACUUUUUAAAUCCCAUUUACUUAUUGAACUCACCACUGGGAGUGCUUACUUUGUAGAAGGCAUUGACUAGAGCCAUGGGAGAGCACUUAGAAAUGUAUUAGCCACAUUUCCCCUUUCAGCCUUUUACAAUCAGGCUGUGCAAUUAACUCAUUUAAAGAAAGGUUAAGCACUGAGAGAUGAUAAAUGUUUGAGGAGAUAGGAUGCUAAUUACCCUGAUUUGAUCAUUAUACAUUGAUAUAUACAUGUACUAUAUUAGCAUACUGUGCUUAUAAAUACAGGCAGUUGUGUGUCGAUUGAUUUUUAAUUAAUCACAAAAUAAAAGUGGUCAUUAUAGCAAAUCCUGAGGUUUCUCUGAAAUAUUGUAAGAAUGGGUAGGUAUACAGUAGAGGUCACAGGUAGGAACAGUCCUGCUCUAUCAAAAUGGAAAACAGUGGCCUGAGUCUUCUAAAGGGAAGCUGUGCAAUGCUGGCACUACUGUGUGUUCCUGCAUUAGUGCAGCCUAUCCAGGUAAGCCCUGUCUUAGGCAGCUUGUGCCCUUAAGAGAUUGAGUGUUGACCCCGAUCUGGAAAGUGAUACCUCGGGUGGUAGAGGGCUAGGACACUGCCUCCCCACUGCAUUUUCAAAGACUGAAGAAUCUCCAAAUAUAAACAAUUACCAUUGAAAACCAUGUCCCUGUGCUCUUGCCUCAACCUGGCAUUGCUUUGAGUAAGUCCACGUUGCAGAAUGGACCCUGAGACUUGCAUGUCACCAAGGGCAGGCGUGGGAGCUUCCUUGGGACAACUGAUAAACAACCAUGAACUGAUUUUUAUUUCUGUGUUCCCUGGCCACUCACCUGCCUGGCCUGACCCAGCCUUGCUAUUAUACAUGGAUAAGAAUGAGGCUUAGUGGGGAAGGAAGCAGGGCCAGAGUUCCCAGGGGAGCAUCCGUGAGGGCAGGAGGCAGACGGAUUGUCAAGGAAUGGCUUUUAAGCACUAGGUCUCAGUUUCUGAAACCUCAUUUCACUAAGUUCUGUUCUGAAAUCUGAUACAUAUAAUCUUUUCUCCAGGGUGUUUCUACUCUGCAGUCAAUUUUCUGCAAAUUAUAGAUUUUUCAGUCCAGUCAAAAUGGCAGAGUCACAAAAGUUUUUUAAAAAUUAAAUUCUCCUUGACCUACUCCUUGUGGAUUUUCUUAUCCUUUUUCCCAGCUGUCUUUCAUUUCGCAUGAUUGAGAUUAUUCCAAUAGCCUGAAGAAUACUGAGUUGCUGAUUUCUGAGACACUCUUCCUAUCCUGGGGGUGGGGGGGAGCUGGUGGGAGACUCCUUCCGUAGAGGUUUUAUCAUUUUGGGAGACUGCUAGACAUCUUUGAUCUAAUAUGUGUGAGGAUAUGACAGGACAUUUCAGCUUCUACAGAGACACUGGAACCUUCCGGAUGCACACAUUUUCUUUUUUAAAACUCUACUUUUCUUUUUUAGAACAUCAGCCAUUUUGCCUUCGGAUUUGAUCAUCUUUUGUACUUACUCUCUAUUUUUAGACUCCUAAUUCUAAUUAUAGUAAUAAUAGCAUUCACAUCACAGAUUAUUAGAUUGUAAACCAUAAUUAGUUCUAAACUGCUUCCUUUUUAAUUUUCUGCAUUUAUUAUCUGUGGAGCAGAAAUACCAUGCAUUGUGUUUGCACAUUAGCCAGCAAUAUGCUGCUGGGGGCUGGAUUGCAGCUGCGAUCAGUCUUGGACAGAUCACUAUUUGCAGUGGAACAUGUCUGAGUACCCCGGAGUGAAGAAUGUUCGUUUUCCAGAUGGCCAGAUUUGGAAACCAGACAUUCUCCUCUAUAACAGUGCUGAUGAACGCUUUGAUGCCACGUUCCACACCAAUGUUUUGGUGAAUGCAUCUGGGCAUUGCCAGUAUCUCCCUCCAGGCAUAUUCAAGAGCUCCUGCUACAUUGAUGUUCGCUGGUUCCCUUUUGAUGUGCAGCAGUGCAAACUGAAGUUUGGGUCCUGGUCCUAUGGAGGGUGGUCCUUGGACCUGCAAAUGCAAGAGGCAGAUAUCAGCAGCUAUAUCCCCAACGGAGAAUGGGAUCUCAUGGGAAUCCCUGGCAAAAGGAAUGAGAAGUUCUAUGAGUGCUGCAAAGAGCCAUACCCAGAUGUCACCUACACAGUAACCAUGCGCCGUAGGACACUCUACUAUGGCCUCAAUCUGCUCAUCCCUUGUGUGCUGAUUUCAGCCCUGGCGCUGCUGGUAUUCUUGCUGCCUGCAGACUCUGGAGAGAAAAUCUCUCUUGGAAUAACUGUCUUACUUUCUCUGACUGUCUUCAUGCUGCUUGUGGCUGAGAUCAUGCCAGCAACAUCUGAUUCUGUGCCCUUGAUAGCACAGUACUUCGCCAGCACCAUGAUCAUCGUGGGCCUCUCUGUAGUGGUGACAGUGAUUGUGCUGAGAUAUCACCACCAUGACCCUGAUGGUGGCAAAAUGCCUAAGUGGACCAGAAUCAUUCUCCUGAACUGGUGUGCAUGGUUUCUGCGCAUGAAGAGGCCUGGAGAGGACAAGGUGCGGCCAGCAUGUCAGCACAAGCCUCGGCGCUGCAGCCUGGCCAGUGUGGAGCUGAAUGCCGGUGCUGGGCCACCCACCAGCAAUGGCAACCUGCUCUACAUUGGCUUCCGAGGCCUGGAGGGCAUGCACUGUGCCCCAACUCCAGACUCCGGGGUCGUAUGUGGCCGUUUGGCCUGCUCCCCAACACAUGAUGAGCACCUCAUGCACGGUGCACACCCCUCUGAUGGGGACCCCGACCUGGCCAAGAUCCUGGAGGAGGUCCGCUAUAUCGCCAACCGCUUCCGCUGCCAAGACGAGAGUGAGGUGAUCUGCAGUGAAUGGAAGUUUGCAGCCUGCGUGGUGGACCGCUUGUGCCUCAUGGCCUUUUCGGUCUUUACCAUCAUCUGUACCAUCGGCAUCCUCAUGUCAGCUCCAAACUUUGUGGAGGCUGUGUCCAAAGACUUUGCUUAAUGUUAUCGCGUAGGAAAUGCGCAGAUAAGAAGAGAAUCUGGAGGGUGAGAAUUGGGGUCCUAACUCCACAGUGUGAUAAAUGGAAGAACUCUGAGGUAUCCCUGUAGCUGUCAAUCUUGAGACUUAGUUUUCUGGUUACUUUAACUAAAAAGAUCCCAGCAGCCUUCUGUUUACUCUUCUCUCACUUAUCACUGGCAUAGCCUUGUACUCAGCAGGGGCACUACGUGGUCGUUUGCCUGCUCUGGACAGCCCUAUAGGAUAGAUCUUAGUGGCUCUUGUAACCCAGUAGAGGCCUGUCCUGUUGGUGCAUGGAAGCAUGCCCCUUGUCGUGGGCUCACAAGAAUUUGCUGUCUGCCUUUGCUAUGUGCAGACCCAGGCUGAAACCAAUGCAGAGUCGUCCCCACUGGAUCCAUCUCAACAACUGCCAUGAGAAAGGAAGGCAAAUACAAAUUCAAACUGCAAACUUCUCUGCUAGUUUCUCUGCUAGUUUUUCUGUGACUCAACUUACAUUUCUAUCUGUUUAUCUAUCUGUCUGUCUGUCUAUCUAUCUAUCUAUCUAUCUAUCUAUUAUCUAUCUAUCUAUCUAUCAUCUAUCUAUCAUUUAUCAUCUUUGUCUUUUCUAAUGACAACUCUAUACCAGGGAGAAAGUUGGCCUUCUAAAUGAUGUUUUAAGCAAGCUAAUUCCUGUAGAUUUGUCCUGACAAUUAAAUUAGCACACAGGUUACAUCAGUUCAAAACUAGGAGUCACCCUAGCCAAAAGGGUUUUGAGGCUUUGGCCCCUGUAGAUCUCAGAUGACCCCCAACCUUCAUGUUGACAUGUCCCGUGUCCUAAGGAGUUUAAUGAAUUUGUUUGUAUAAAUCCUGAAGGGAAAAUAGAGUUCUGAGUGUUAACUAAGGACUAGCUGAAACUUACCAAAACUGUGUGUGUGUGUGUGUGUGUGUGUGUGUGUGUGUGUGUGUGUUAAAAAUAAAAGCAUGUUAGUUGCUGUGCAUGUCAGACUUCACAAGUCUUAGAAGGUUUUGCAUCUGUACUGCUGCUCAUCAAGUGCACAUACCCUAUGGCUUUUUCCCCAUGUGGGGCUAGAAAGAAUCAGUUUAGUCCCCUCUGGGCUCCUGUGUGACAGGAACUGUGGAGCGAUGCUGUGGGUCACUCAUCCAGAUACAAAGCUAGUACCGUCAGAAUUAGGCUUCUGAGGAUCUGCUUUCCUAUGGCUUCAGAUGCAAAGCUCACUCUGUCCUGGAGUCACUGGAGAUGGGUGUGAAGUGUUGUUUAUGUUUUUUCCUUCUUCUGAGCUAAGGUCCCUCUGGCUGUAUAGCUCAUACCAGUCUGUUUGCACUUCCCAUCUUUAUUUGUUAAUGAGAUGAGAGGCUUUUUUUUUUUACCAAGAAAAACUGUUGGAUAGUGUUGUUGAACUUCUUGAGGAUUAAAACUAUAUCAAGCUUCUGAAACUCCCAGAAACUUUAAACUUCUGACUCCAGAAAUGGAAUCACGAGAGAAGAUUAGAUUUCUCAGAAUAACAAAAGCCAAAUACUUACAUUUUCCCAACCAUUAAUUUUUAAUUUUACUGUAGAAAGAUGAAGGCUUGGUGGUGCUCUGUAUGUACAUGGGCACGUGCAUGUAUGCACUGUGUAUGUGUGUGUGUGUGUGUGUGUGUGUGUGUGUGUGUGUGUGUGGCUGAAGAGAGGAGAUAUUGCAGAGUGACAUGGAUAAAUUUGGAGACUGUUGAUUUCAGCACCCCCCAUCCGGAGCAGGAUCAUUCCCAGCAUGCAUCUGUUACAUACAGUAUCAUCAAGUGGUAUAAAGUAUUCUGCUGGUAUUAUGCUUUUUGAUUAAAGUAACUAGAAACAAAUAGAUAUGUUUUGAUACCCAAAGACCAGGCUUUGUGUCUUACUGGUAAAAAUUGAACCCUAGCUAUUGCUUUGACUAUCUGAGUAAUUAUUGUCGUUAUAAACUAAUGAUAAAGAAUAGCUGUGCUCAUAGUUAGGUGUGUGCAGUUCAAAACGGUCUCUCCUUGCUCCCAUUUCCUCCUAGGACAGUGUUAGAGAGAAAGAACGGAAAGGUGGGAACAGAGAGAGGGAGGAGAACACGGACAGACUUGGUUGUUGCUUUCCUAGAACUCGUGUUUGAAAGGUGCUAGGCACCUAGUCUUUUGUCCUAGAGAGCUUUCCAUAAUGGUCUAAAGGUCUACCUCAUUCCUCUUAAUAGCUGCUUAGAGUUCCUCUCCAUUGGUGGCUUAUGAUUUAUUGGAUCAGCCUUUUAGGGAUGAACACAUAGCUGCAACAUUUCCAAGUUUUAUUUUUAUACACAAGUCUAUAGUUAGCAUUUUGGUGCGUACUUUGCCAAAGUUUUUGUGUAUAAAUUCCAGUUUAGAAAUGGAACUACUGGACCUAAGACUAUGUGAGACUCUAGAUAAAUAUAUCCAGAUGGUCCUCCCUGAGCUGGUCAGUGGAUAUCCCUAUCUAAGUUAAAAGGCCAGAUUCUCAGCUUACUGCUGUUAAAUAUGUUCAGAUUUAAUUUUUCCCUUUCUGAUCUUAUGGGUAAAAAUGAUGAGGCAAAAACAUUCUGAUUUUGGUUCAUUUUACUAUGAGCAAGGUUGAAG